UCCGCGGCGUGGGGCGGAGCCUAGAGGCUCGUCGCGCCUGCGCGGAGGGCCCGACGGCGUGCUGCGUCGUUACUUUUGAAACGAGUGGCGGGGAUCUGGUGUGGACGUCUCUGCAGUCGCUCUCUGCCGGGUGGAAGCUCACUCCGUCUGUAGGACUGGCCAUGGCGCUGCAGCUUUCCCGGGAGCAAGGCAUCACCCUGCGCGGGAGCGCCGAAAUCGUAGCUGAGUUCUUCUCAUUUGGCAUCAACAGCAUUUUGUAUCAGCGUGGCAUAUAUCCAUCUGAAACCUUUACUAGAGUGCAGAAAUAUGGACUCACCUUGCUUGUAACAACUGAUCCUGAGCUCAUAAAAUACCUAAAUAAUGUGGUGGAACAACUGAAAGAUUGGUUAUACAAGUGUUCAGUUCAGAAACUGGUGGUAGUCAUCUCAAAUAUUGAAAGUGGUGAGGUCCUUGAAAGGUGGCAAUUUGAUAUUGAGUGUGACAAGACUGCGAAAGAUGACAGUGCACCCAGAGAAAAGUCUCAGAAAGCUAUUCAAGAUGAAAUUCGUUCAGUGAUCAGACAGAUCACAGCUACGGUGACAUUUCUGCCACUGCUGGAAGUUUCUUGUUCAUUUGAUCUACUGAUUUAUACAGACAAAGAUUUGGUUGUUCCUGAAAAAUGGGAAGAGUCGGGACCACAGUUUAUUACCAAUUCUGAGGAAGUCCGUCUUCGUUCAUUUACUACUACAAUCCACAAAGUAAAUAGCAUGGUGGCCUACAAAAUUCCUGUCAAUGACUGAGAAUGAGAUGAGGACAGUGAUGGUACUUGUAAUUCUCAGAUGUGGUUUUCCUGAAACCAAGUCAACUAUAGUUGAUACAUUUUGUUUCAUUGGUUAAUUUUUAGGUGGGGAAAACUUCUAUUGAACUGUGCAUAAUUGUUCCAUUUUUUUGGUACCUGUAUGACUUUAUACAGGGUUGACAUAAAUUAUUGCACAUUGUUCAAAAGGGAACUUGCAGAUUACAUCAGCACUGUUAUGUCAAUUCCUUUGAAGGUGGUAACUGUAGAUGGAAAACUAUUGCUAUAAAGCUAAUGCCUUUGGGUCAAGUACCUUGACUCAGAAUAUAGGUUACAGAGAUACUGCAAUAUACAAUACAACAAAAGAAGUCUCAAUAUUCACAGUCUUUAUUUAGAUCCUGAAAUUAUCUAAUGAUAAUCUGUAAGUAAUGAAAUAUUGUUCCUAUUGGGUCUUUUUGCCAUUUAUUUCAUUUGUAUAUUUUCCAUACUGAAUACAUUUCCAAUUAUUUGAUUUUAAUUUAUAUAACUUGAACCUUCAAAGCUGUGUAUAUUGCCACUGUUUAAAUUCCCGUGAUACGGAACUCUUAAGAAGUUUUUUAUGUUUUACAAAAUCAAGCUUUAAAUGAUGAUGUAAUAAAGUUAAAAUAUGUAUGUUUUAAA